UCGACCAAAACGUGUCCGAUUUCGCGCAUCUCCCACUCAAUCGUUCCCACUCAAACAACCGACAGUGGAUCGGCGACUGUCGGUGACGGUCGCAAACUCGCAACGCUUAACUGUAUACACUGUGGGGCGUAAUGUAAACUAUCUACAGGCUGUUGUAGUGAGAAGCAGUUGUACAUUUACGCGUGCGCUUACUUUUUUAUAUUGUUUAUUUUUUUUGUAUUGUGGUAAUUUUUAAAAAUGAAUGCCGAAGAAUCCAUUAAUGUGAAUGAACUUGCCAGACAUGUUGUUCAAAAUGAGAAUCCGCAAUUAUUACGUUCGCCUGUUAAAAGAAAUCCAAAUGGACGGUUUGUUGGAAGCAGACAGAAGGUCAUGAUUAUAAAUCUGUAUAAGACCAAACUUGAAGAGCAACCGGAUAUCAAGUACAAACCUUUGAUUGCGUAUUUAUCAAAAGCAUCCGGCAUUGGACGUGAUACUGUUGUUAAUACCAUACGAGACUACAAAAAGGACAACCAACUGAAGUCACCAAAUAAAAAAAAAAUUCGUGCUACAAUCAAUGAAAAAAUUGAUGACUGAUAAGAAUGCUAUAAGGCAAAAAAUUCAUGGUUUUUGGUUAAGAAAUGAAGUUCCAACGUUAAAGAAAAUUGUUCAAGCCAUCGGGGAUGAUCCAGACUUACCGACUAUACCAAGGACAUCUUUACAGCGCAUUCUAAAGGAAUUGGGAUUUGAGUACACAAAAAGAACCCGAAACAGCGCACUUACUGAGCGAGGAGAUCUAAUUGUAUGGCGACAAAAAUUUAUUAUAGACAUACGUCGUUUCAGAAAUGAAGGUCGUACAAUCUAUUAUUUGGAUGAAACGUGGGUCAAUGCAGGCGAGUGCUGUAGUAAGGUUUGGUUGGACAAGACGGUAACAUCGCAUAGAGAUGCAUUUGUUAAAGGACUGUCGACAGGCCCGAAAAAUCCAACAGGCAAGGGCAAGCGAUUGAUUGUUGUUCACAUCGGGUCAUCGGAGGGUUUCGUCGAGGGUGGUCUACUGUGUUUUGAAUCAAAAAAAAACACAGCAGACUAUCACGACGAAAUGAAUGGUGAUUCAUUCUACGACUGGUUUUGCGGAGUUUUGCCCAAACUUAAAGAAAACUCGGUUAUAGUAAUGGACAAUGCUUCAUACCAUUCUGUAAAAAAGGACCCCAUCCCUACAAUAGCCUGGAGAAAAGACAAAAUUGUUGAAUGGUUGACUUCAAAAGGCUGUAAUGUGGAUACGUCGUUGGUGAAUCAUUUGUUGUUGGAAAAGGUGCAGGAAAUUAGACAUCAUCACGACAAAUACCUAAUCGAUGAAGAAGCUUUGAAAUCAAAUAAAACUGUAUUACGUCUUCCGCCUUACCACUGCGAAUUGAAUGCGAUAGAAAUGGCGUGGUCGGUUGUGAAAAAUCACGUGAAAAAAAACAAUACUUCAUUCAAAAUUAACGACGUAAAACAAUUACUGAUCGAUGGCAUCAAAAAAGUUACGCCAGACAUGUGGGCCAAUUUUGUAAGUCAUACAAUAAAAGAAGAAGACAAACUCUGCACUGUUGACAACAAUACGGAUGAACUAUUGGAUCAAGAAGAUACAUCGCAUGUCAUGCAAAUCACAGGGGACACUUCUUCCGAUGAUUCAGAUUGAUUUUUAUAAUUUUUUUUAUUAUUUUUUUUUUUUUUAUGUAUUUUUUGUAAAUUUGUGACGACGUAUUUCUAUGUAUUAUAAUAACCUAUACAAUUACAUAUUUAAUAUAAUUUAUUUGUUUAUACUUUUGACGUGUAUGUAUUGAAAUAUCUUAAUAUAUAAACAUAGUAUACAAAAUAUAAAAAAAUAGUGUUAUGGCAAUUCAUCACCCUGUAUAGUAUAAGAACAUUUUUAACACUCUGUAUACAGGUCGUAGCACGCGACGAUUGCGGCAUAUAGUGGGGGAAAUCAGGUUCCGCGCCGUCGCUGCUGGUCAUUCUGCAUGCGCGUGACGGUACU